CGGCCCCUCCGGUCCCACGGGUCCUGAGGACCCCUCCAACUUAGCCCAAGUUAGGGAAGCCGGGAAAGGGGCCCGAGUCCGGAGAGGGAACCGAGGGGACGCGGUCCUGGGGCCGCGGGAGAUCCGCGUCGCCGGCGCGCGCCAGCCAGCCAGCGUUCCCCAGCAACUUUUCUCCCGGGUGGGCCACCCCAGAAACUUGCCUUCCCGCGGUUUCGGGGUCCUGCCGCAGCCCUGGGCCGCCUGGGACUCGGCUCUGAGUGCCGGCCUGCGGCGAGCAGGGGGAGGCCAUGGCCUCACCGGGUGGCCCUGGCCCCUGGCGCACUUCCAACCUCAAGUUUCCAUCCACGGUCUCCGCCCCUGUCUUCUGGGUCUCCUGGGUCGGGAUGGGGCCGGGGUGGGAGAUGGAGUCCGACCAAGUGCAAAUCCUUGAGACCCCCCCCCAACAGCUGGCUGACCUUGAGCACGUUAUUAGUGUCUGUGCCUCAGUUUCCCCUUGUAUAGUGGAGAUGCUACUCCCUAGCUGAGAGAGGUCCUGAGAGGACAGCAGUGUGACCACGUGGAGAUAGCUUCAUACAGAGCCACCAGGGUCUCAGCCCCUGGACUAGGCUGGAGAGAGAGGGCCAGACAGACAGCAUUCCCACCCUGAGCCCUCUGCUUGUCCCACAGGAGCUGCGACGAGGACCCUCCAGGAGCCUGAGCUAUGAGUGGCCCCUGCGGAGAGAGCCGGGUCCAGGAACCCAGCCACACCAUGAGCCUGUGGGAGCGCGGGGAGAGCCGCAGUGGGCAGGGUGGCCCAGGGCCGGCCCAGGAGCCCACCGCCCAGGAGGCCUCCACUUCUGAGCUGCAGAUGAAGGUGGACUUCUUCCGAAAGCUGGGCUACUCGUCCACAGAGAUCCACAGUGUCCUGCAGAAGCUGGGGGUCCAGGCGGACACCAACACGGUGCUGGGCGAGCUGCUGAAACACGGGGUGGCCUCGGAGCGGGAGUCCAACCCCCGGGCCUCGCCGGACCCCGGCUCCCAACUCCCCUUGGUUCCCCGGGGCGGGGGCGCCCCGAAGGCACCCACCCUGGAGCCCUCCGUCCCAGAAGAGGACCAGGAAGGCAGUGACCUGAGGCCGGUGGUCAUCGACGGGAGCAACGUGGCCAUGAGCCACGGGAACAAGGAGGUCUUCUCCUGCCGGGGCAUUCUGCUUGCAGUGAACUGGUUUCUGGAGCGCGGCCACACAGACAUCACGGUGUUUGUGCCAUCCUGGAGGAAGGAGCAGCCGCGGCCCGAUGUGCCCAUCACAGACCAGCACAUCCUACGGGAACUGGAGAAGAAGAAGAUCCUGGUGUUCACACCGUCGCGGCGUGUGGGCGGCAAGCGCGUGGUGUGCUACGACGACCGCUUCAUCGUGAAGCUGGCCUUCGAGUCUGACGGCAUCGUGGUCUCCAACGACACCUACCGGGACCUGCAGGGCGAGCGGCAGGAGUGGAAGCGCUUCAUCGAGGAGCGAUUGCUCAUGUACUCCUUCGUCAACGACAAGUUCAUGCCGCCUGAUGACCCCCUGGGCCGGCACGGGCCCAGCCUGGACAACUUUCUGCGUAAGAAGCCACUGGCAGCCGAGCACCGGAAGCAGCCAUGUCCCUAUGGCAGGAAAUGCACUUACGGGAUCAAGUGCCGAUUCUUCCACCCCGAGCGGCCAAGCCGUCCCCAGCGCUCAGUGGCCGACGAGCUUCGUGCCAACGCCCUCCUCUUGCCUCCCACGGCUCCCGGCAAAGACAAGAGUGGCCGGCGGCCUUCACCCCCACCUCCGUCGGGCUCUCUGCCCACGGAGAGUGAGCAAUGCCACCCAGAUGGGAAGAAGCUGGGGGCACGGGCCUCCCCAGGGCCCCACCGGGAGGGGCUGACACAGACCUUUGCCCCAGCAGGCAGGAGCCUCCCACCCAGUGGGGGCAGUGGGGGCAGCGUCGGGCACACAGACUGGCUGCCCUGGACCCACAGCGGCUGGCUGCCGAGAUCCUCUCCUACAAGUCCCAGCACCCCAGUGAGUGACGGCCUGCACCCCCAGGGCCGCCCACACUCCCAGGGCUCUCAGGCCCCGAGCCCCCUGGAGGCUGGACAGAGGGAGGAUUAAAGUAGGGAAGAGAACCCACAAACCAAAGAUACCGUAGGAUUGGUCCUGGCCCAUGCGGCCCCUCGGCCAGCUGUCCGUCUGUCCGAUGGGUCAGGAGCGAUCACCCUGUUGAUACACAUUGUAUCUCUGUCGUUAAGGAGACGCUGCCAGUAACGGCUGUCGGUCCGUGGCUGAGGCCCAAACCCUCUUUUCUCUCGGAGGACGGGGAAGAAAGUCGGGGAGCAGAGGCCUGGCUGGGGCCUGUGCGCGGCCCCCAUCUCCGCCCCGUCCCCGGGAUGCCGGCCUCGGCUGGCUAGUUGGGCACUGUGUGUCCGCCCGCUAAGGGCCCUUCUAAGCCAAUGAGGCCUCCUCUGUGCCCUCUCUCUGGGCACGAGGCUUCAUGUUAGUAAGCAAGAUGCUUCUUAUUAACCCAGUCUCAUCGCCCCUGCCAGGUGUUGGGGCCCUCUGUCCCCAUCCUCCCUCCUCUGCUCAGACUCCCGCCCCCCCCAUAGGUGGGGUCAGGUGUGAACCAUGGACACCUUCCCAAAUGCAUCAAUAAAGUAUAACGUGAACCCUUGUAAGAGGCCAUGGCCUUUGUCACCGCGGGGGUUUGGGCUGGCCUUUGGUGACUGCACACCUACUCCCCCCUGGUACGGGGCUGCCACUCCACACCAGCUCUGACCCUUCUCCGGAAGGAAGGUGUCCAGGUUCGCCCGGAAGUGCUUGGUCCCCUUGGAGCCGGCACAUCUUCCCUGAGGCCUUGGGCUGGGCACGGCGGCGGCUGUGGCACAGGGCAGGGGUGGGGCUGGGGAGGUGUAGAAGGGUGGAGAGUUCCGGGCUGGACCCCGGCCUGGGGGUAAGGCAGCAGGAUCCAGCAUGGCUGGCAGCGGUCUGAGGCCCAGCAGGGCGAGAAACGCCGGGCAUGUGUGGGUGCACACCCAGAACCCUGAAAGGAGGUAGAAGGGGCUGUGGCGUGCCCGUGCUUCCUCCUUCCCCUGGCUGGCAAGUCCACACACCUGCUAGCCAAAAAUAGACAGGGUUGGGAGUUCUGUGAGUGCAGCAUGGGAGGAGUGGCCCCGGGGACAGGACCGGGCUGACCUGGCUGAGAAGGGCUGUGGGAGCCCUCGGUGCCCAGCUGCGACCCCAUCCUCCCAACAGCGCUGUGUGCCAGAGCCAGGGCGCGACCGGGCAGGGAGUGCUGGGCAGCAGCCGGCAGGGUGAUGCCCAGGUGACCGGGAGAUCAGGCCCUGGUCCCAAAUCCAGGAAGAGCCUCUGCUACUGUUAGGUCCUUCAGGGCAGGCGACGGCCCCUCUCUGGGUCUCGGUCUCCUCAGCAGUGAAAUGGGUCACAGUGGAGCCCCUUACACGGCUCCCAAGGGACAGCAUGUUGGGUAGGUGGGCAAAGGCCUGACACAGUGAGACCCCGCUUAGAGUCUCUGGGGAUGGGGCUCUGGACUCCCACGUGGCCGACCCCUAUUUGAGUCCUGGACCU